GUUCUGGCAACACCUAAGUUAUAAAAAAAAAGAAAUAUCUCCUUUUUCCGGUGGUUUCGUACUUGGCCGCCGGGCCGUAAUUUUGUCUGAAUUUAUUAGUGAAAAUGGGUUUCGUGAAAGUUGUGAAGAACAAGCAGUACUUCAAGAGGUACCAAGUCAAGUUCAGGAGGCGUCGUGAGGGUAAAACAGACUACUAUGCCCGCAAGCGCUUGACCGUCCAGGACAAGAACAAAUACAAUACACCCAAAUACCGGCUGAUUGUCCGUCUUUCAAACAAAGAUGUGACCUGCCAGGUAGCAUACUCUCGCAUUGAGGGAGAUCACAUUGUCUGUGCUGCCUACUCUCAUGAACUGCCACGCUAUGGUGUUAAGGUUGGUCUUACAAACUAUGCUGCUGCCUAUUGCACCGGAUUGUUGCUGGCUCGACGUCUGCUGCAGAGACUCGGCCUUGAUACCCUGUACACUGGUGCCACUGAAGUUACUGGCGACGAAUACAACGUAGAACCUGUAGACAAUGGCCCAGGUGCAUUCAGAUGUUACCUAGAUGUCGGUCUAGCACGUACCACCACCGGAGCCCGUGUGUUUGGAGCUAUGAAAGGAGCAGUUGAUGGAGGCCUAAAUGUACCACACUCCAUCAAGAGAUUCCCAGGCUAUGAUGCAGAAGCAAAGAAAUUCAAUGCUGAAGUUCACAGAGCACACAUCUUUGGUCUUCAUGUAGCAGAAUACAUGCGCAACCUAGAACAAGAAGAUGAGGACUCCUUCAAGAGACAGUUUGGCAAAUACAUUAAAGUCGGUGUUGUUGCUGAUGCUGUUGAGACCAUCUACAAAAAGGCACAUGAAGCUAUCCGUACCGACCCAUCAUACAAGAAGAAGGAGAAGAAGGACCCUGCCAAGCAGAAGCGCUGGAACAAGCGUAAGCUGACCCUGGCUGAGAGGAAGAACAGGAUCAAGCAGAAGAAGGAAUCCUUCAUCAAGAGACUGCAAGCCCAAGCAGAGGCUUGAAAUGGUUUAUAACAGCAAUAAAACCAUUGAAUUCUA